AUGUCUAGGUUCUUCGUUUCAGGAUAUAGUUCAGAAUCGUCUUCUGAAGAAGAAGACUUGGUAAGCAGUUCUGAAGAAGAGUUGUUGUCUUCUUCCGCUGAGCAAUCUGAGGACGACUUUUUUGAUGAUGAUGAGGAGGACGAGGAAAGUAGUUCUGAUGAGGAGGGCGGACGCCCCACAGGUCCAGCUUAUUUUUUGAAGUCGGCUUUCUUGAAAGGUGGUGAAUCUGAAUCUGAGAGUGACGAUGAGGGAAAGAAAGUGGUUAAGAGUGCUAAGGACAAGUUGUUGGACGAUAUGAAGGCCUCAAUUGAAAUCAUUAAUGUCAAUAAAAGAAGCAAUAAUUGGAUCGUCGUCUUGAGUGAGUUUGAGAAAUUGGGUAGACUUUUGAACAGAGCUAGUCAACAAAGAUUUGGAACUCCAAAGUUUUAUAUCAAGUUGUUGUCUAGCUUGGAUGAUUCUAUUACGGAAACUGCAAACAAUGAAAAGGAUGACAAGACAAUGAAAGCGGAUGAGGCAAGAGCUUUCAACACUUUGAGACAAAGAGUCAAGAAACAGAUUAAAGAGUUCCAAGUUUACUUUGAUUUGUAUAAGGACGUACCAGAGAAUUUUGAUAACGAAGAUGAACCUUUGGAUGUGACCACAAGAGUGGAAGAGAAGCAAGACGAAGGUAAAAAGUUGAGUCCAGUGUUCCAAACUUUGAAGCAAAUCAGUGAAUCUAGAGGGAAGAAAAAUAUUGACAGAUCAGAACAAAUUUCAAGCUUGGAGAAUUUGAUUACUGAUGAGUUGAGUACAUUCGAGCUUAUAUCCAUUUACCAAAUGUUGUUGUCGAUCAGAUUCGAUGCCUCGUCUACCCUGUUCAUGCCAGUUCAAGAUUGGCAAAAGAAUUGUGAUGAUAUUCACAAAUUGUUGGAUAUUUUAUUUGCAACAAAGGAAUAUCAAGUUAGUGAAACAGGUCAAACAACUGAUGAAAUUGACAUAGAGCCAACCCCUGUUGACGGGGUCAAGGUGAUUUUUGGAUCAAUCACUUCAUUGAUUGAUAGAUUGGAUGACGAAUUUACCAAAUCUUUACAAAACACCGACCCGCACUCAUUGGAUUACAUUGAAAGAUUGAAGGAUGAAAGCAGGAUUUAUAAUUUGAUUGUUAGAGGUCAAUCUUAUGUCGAAUCUAUCAACCCUUCACUUGAUAGUGAACAAUUGGCUAGAAUUGUUUUGAGAAGGUUGGAACAUAUUUACUAUAAACCAACACAAUUGAUUCAAGGAAAUGAAGUUGCCACCAAGAUUGGCAACGGUGACGCGAAUGAGAUUAUUGACUCAUUGAGCGAAUACUUGCAAAAGAGUGCCAACAAGCUCUAUGUUCAACUUGCUAUGCUCUACUCUAUCUACUAUUACGCCGUCAACAACAACUACGAGAAUGCCAAGGAACUAUUCUUUGCAUCUCAAAUUUUCAAGAGUAUAAACCACGCUGAAUCAACAUUACAAGUUCAAUACAACAGAGCAUUAGUACAAUUGGGAUUGAGUGCAUUCAGGGUUGGGGCGAUUGAAGAAUCCCACAAGAUUUUAACCGAGAUCAUCAACUCACAAAGAUCAAAAGAAUUACUUGGACAAGGGUUUAGUACUAAAUUCCCUAGUCAAGCCUCUGUUGCUGAAAAACAAAAGUUGUUGCCGUUCCACCAACAUAUCAAUUUGGAAUUGUUGGAGUGUGUUUACAUGACUUGUUCUUUAUUGAUUGAGAUACCUGCUUUGGCUGCUGCAUCAACUACUAAAGACAAAAGGAAGAACUCGUCAGUGAAAUCUUUCAAGAGUAAGCUUGAAUUCCACGAUAGACAAUUUUUCACUGGUCCUCCAGAGAGUAUCAAAGAUCACAUUGUGCAUGCCUCACUUGCUUUGCAAAAGGGCAAUUGGUCUAAAGCAUAUGACUUGUUGGCAUCAAUCAAGAUUUGGAGAUUGUUUCCUGAUACUGAUGACUUGUUGGCCAUGUUGAAAACCCAGCUUCAAAUCGAAGGGUUGAGAACUUAUAUUUUCACCUACAAAUCGGUUUACAGUAAGUUGUCUAUUGCCAAAUUGAGUACAAUUUUCGCAUUGCCCGAGGAGAAGAUUACUGAGAUUGUUACAAAGAUGGAUGAAAAUGUGGAAAACGGAUACAUCAACUUCACUACUGCAGCAAAUAGGUCCAAAUUGCAAGAGUUGGCCAUAUUGAUGAACGAGAAAAUACAGUUGCUCACAGACAAGAAUGAAAGAACCUCAGCUAGGGGUCAUAAUAAGACACAACAGCCUCAGCAAACCACCCAACAACAACCCCAAACCCAGCCUGAGGAGAACAGAUUCAGAAUUGCUAAUGUCAAUAUUAACAAUGAUGAGUUUCAAGUAACUGCAUAA